CUUUACCCAUGUGAUAAUGUCAAAAGUAAAAAGGUCUUUUUACAUUUCCGCAUAUUGCUCAUUAAUUACCUUCUGAUCCUAGCAUCCGUAUGUAAUAUCGAACCACCCAUGCUGCCGGGAGCCGAGCGAGAAUCUAACACUAGCCAUGGUGAUAGACGCUUACGAAAUCUACGGACAUGACCCUACGGACAAGUUGGACCAUCUCGCGCACUACCAGAUUGAGAUGAUGAAGAUCAAAAGGGCUCCUGAUCAGUACAUAAUCAACGAACAUGUCCACAUAGCGACGGAUCAUUUGGCGAGGUUUACUCACAUGCAUAUUAAGGAAUUAAAGGUGCUACUGAUAGCUUUAGACGAUACGAUAGACAACAUGCUCACGAUGUAUGACAAUCAUAACGCUAUUAAGACCGAGAGGGUCGCCACUUACAACUCGGCGGCUGGUGGCGCUGUGCCUUCUGAGUUCUAUAUGAGUCAAGAGUACUACUGCGGUAAAAACGUGUAUAUCUUCGUGUCGGAGUUAUACAGUGACAUCUACAACAUGGGCCGAGGCCCUACGCCCUACUGCAAGGGCCGCGCCUUCCACUUCUUGGGAUUCGUACACUUUAUGGACGACAAGCGAUAUUUCUUAGAAGAGGAUCCUAAUGUUGUGUUCAGUAUGGACAACUUCGUGCAUGGAUUGGAGUGUAAUAUUGGAAUUUGCGUGUUCAGGUUUCCUUUCAAGAAGAACCUGCAGCACAUUCGAGACGUGUCCACAUUACCGAAGGCUAUCGUCAAAUGCGGCACAGAGAUGUACAAGCUGCCACCACUGUCUGCUGCCUCCUGCAUGAUCACAUCAGGCUCCUUUAUUCUGGACUUCAAUAUUCAGGGCGUUCGGUAUCGACACUACGAUUAUUUGCUGUUCAUGCCAAACGGCCAAGCUUACUACACGAAAGAGAAGUACUCUCCAAUGUUCUGUGACCAUCAUGUUUGUGAGUGGAACUACACCAACUUUUAUGGCGGUCCAUUUAUAAUUCCUGGUGAUCCUGGGACGGGGUUGUCGCCAGUGCCACCGUUCAUCGAGCAGACGACGGAUGCCGUGUCCACUACUGAUCCCAACGGGCCCGGAGGCGGACCUGGAGGUCCAGACGGGGGGGAGUCCAACAUUACCUAUUCUCUGGACGGCUGCUGGUACAUGUUCCCUCCUAACUACGGCUCCAUCGCUGGCAUCAGCUACCUGGACCCGCUCAGCGUUAACGAGUACCGAUUCACUUGUCAAGGAUCCGGGAAUAAGGGUCUGUACUGGUACCCGCAAUGGAUGGGCGCGUCGCCUCACCACCCUUACCCGACCGCGGGAGACACGCCGAGCUCGCUGUCCAGGCCCGUGGAUCCCGUGUACUACCCACAUCAGCAAGGCAACCCGCCCCCCGCACUCAUGCUGCCCCCACGAAACUGAAUAAAUUAUUUAUUUACGUACA